AUGCUACGCCGGCUCUUCAGUAGGUCGAGGAGCCGCGCAACGGCGGACAACGACGCGGAGACGCACGGCGCCGGCGAGGACGGCCUUCUGGGCACCGACGCCCAAGGACAGGCCAAUGCGCAGGCGCAGGACGCGGGCGAUCUGGGUGCUCUCGGGCAGGACAUCGAGAAGACGCUGUCGGAGCUCGUGAGCGACAACGUCGGGGACGGCGGAAACGACGCCGCCGGCGAUGCACCUGAUCUGUCGCUUGCAGCCCACCGCCUCGAGCACCUCGACAUCAACGACGACAAGGACGCGGAAGUGCCGGGCGACCCCGAGAAGUGCGCGUACUGCGGCAUCGGCGACCCGCGCUGCCUCGUGCAGUGCGUCGCGACGCAGAAAUGGUUCUGCAACGGCCGCGUCGGCACCGGGCACGCCUGCAUCGUCCACCACAUGCUCCGCGGGCAGCACAAGGACGUGCGGCUGCACCGCUCCUCGCCCCUGGGCGACAGCGUCCUCGAGUGCAGCGUCACGGGCGCGCGCAACGCGUUCAACCUCGGCUUCGUGCUCCACCCGGACACGAACAAACCCAUCGUGGUGGCGCGGUCGGUGCUGCUGGGGACGGGCGCGCCGCUGGACGUGGCCGCGGACUUUGACAGCUGGGAGCCGGUGAUCGUGGAGCGGCAGUUCGUCCCGGCGCUCGUCGCGCACCCGUCGGACGAGCAGGUGAUGGGUGCGCGGCGGCUGACGCCGUCGCAGCUGCGGCGCCUCGAGGCGGCGUGGAAGGUGGACCCGAACGCGACCGCGGAGGACCUGCCGAAGGACGGGGAGACCGCGUCCACCGCGCCGCUGGAACCGGUCCCGCUGCGGUACAGUGACGCGAUGAAGUAUGAAAUAUCCUGGAAGCAUUUGGUCGAGAUGGACCGGCGGGAGGCGCAGCGGCAGACGAUGAGCAAGCGCGUGAGCAACCUCAAAGUCACGUGGGUGCACGCGAAAGGUCGCCGCACCGCAACCUUCGUCCUCCCGCCCGACGACAGCACCACGAAGCUACGUGUAGCAGACCAGCUCACGCUCACGCACCCGACGGCGCCGGGCUGGGCCGCGACGGGCGCGAUCGUGAGCGUCGACCGCCUCGGCAUCGUCGAGCUCCGCAUCACGGAAGGGGGGACUCCGCCGAAGACCCCUCAGGGUUAUACCGCGCAGCCGACGUGGAUCGACGCGACGUACCGGCGGAUGGAGAAGGCGCUCGGGCAGCUGGCGCACGACAAGAAGUGCAUGUCGACGGUGCUCCAGAAGAAGCUCCUGCGCAACGACGUGUCGGACCUCGUGCUCCCAGCGCCGCUGCCGGCCGACAUUUCGGCGCCGGGCCUGCCGCCGCUCAACGGCCCGCAGCAGGACGCGCUCCGCGCCAUCGUCACCGCGCCGCUCGCGCUCAUCCAGGGGCCGCCCGGCACGGGCAAGACCGUCACGUCCGCGACGCUGGUGUACCAGCUGUGCCAGCUCGACGACGGCAAGCUGCUGGUGACGGCGCCGAGCAACGUCGCGGUGGACCACCUGGCGGAGCGCAUCAGCCGGACGGGCGUGCGCGUGUCGCGGAUGUGCGCGCGGUCCCGCGAGUCGGUCCUGGAGGAAAACUCCCCCAGGACGCGGCACCUGAUGACGCACGUGGUUGCGGCGCAGGGCACCUCGGUCGCCGCGGAGCGCGCGCGCAAGCUGCGCGAGCUGCGGGACAGCGGCCAUGAGCUGUCGAAGAACCAGGAGCGGAACCUGCGCAAGAUCGAGCGCAAGGCGCACAAGGAGGUGCUGUCGCAGGUGCAGGUGGUGUGCUGCACGUGCGCAGCGGCGGGCGACGCCCGCCUGGACGAGAUGGGCUUCCACCGCGUCAUCGUCGACGAGGCCACGCAGGCCACGGAGCCCGAGUGCCUCCUGCCGAUCGUCAAGGGCGCGCGGCAGCUCGUGCUCGUCGGCGACCACUGCCAGCUCGGGCCGGUGUGCCUGAGUCAGGCGGCGGCGCGCGCGGGGCUGAACGUGAGCCUGUUCGAGCGGCUGCUGUUUAUGGGCAUGCGGCCGCACCUCCUCGCGGUGCAGUACCGCAUGCACCCGGCGCUGGCGCAGUGGUCGAGCGAGGCGUUCUACGAGGGGUGUCUGCGCAACGGCGUGACCGAGGAGGAGCGCACGCGGCGGGCGGUGGCGUUUCCGUGGCCCGGGCCGCGGCUGCCGAUGAUGUUCGUGGCGUGCACGGGCUUCGAGGAGAUGGCGGGCGCGGGCACGUCGUACGUCAACCGACACGAGGCGAAGGUCGUGGAGGAGGCCGUGAUGCAGCUGCUGGACAACGGGGUGCAGGCGGAGGAGAUCGGCGUGAUCACGCCGUACGCGGGGCAGCGGACGCACAUCGAGAUGGUGCUCGCGCGGCCGGGCAACGCGGCGCGGGCGGCGCAGUGCGCGCGCGUGGAGGUGGCGUCGGUGGACGCGUUCCAGGGGCGCGAGAAGGACUACAUCAUCCUGUCGUGCGUGCGGUCGAACGAGCGGAAGAGCAAGGCCAUCGGGUUCGUGAACGAGCCGCGGCGGCUCAACGUGGCGCUCACGCGCGCGCGGUACGGCCUGGUGGUGAUCGGGAACCCGACGUCGCUGUCGAAGAGCGCGGUGUGGUCGGGGUUCCUGACGCACAUGUCCGAGCAGGGCUGCCUCGUCGACGGGCCGCUCUCGCGCGGCCGGCUGCGCGAGAGCCUGAUGCCGUUCACCCGCCGGACGACCCCGUAUCAAUAUGUUCCGGAGAACCACACCGUGUUCCGGGAGCAACUGAAAACGAGUGCUUCCCACCCGCCGCCGCCGCCGCCGCCGCGCAAGGCCGUGGGUGCGCAGGCACCUCAAACGGCACAGCCCACCAAACAAGCAACUCAACAGAAGAAGAAACAGAAGGUUGUUGCAAUGCCUGUUUCAAGGCAGGAUCCGGUGCAAGUUCACGACGUCAAGGACCUCGCGCCCGGGUCGCUGGUUGCCGUGCCGCUGGAGCGCCAGACGCACGCGGUGGUGGCGUACCUGAAGGAGGCGGUGAGUCAGCGGCGCAAGGUGCUGGUGUUCACCGCGUUCAGCGAUGUGCACCUGGGUUUCUUGGGCAAGCUGUGCCGGGCGCUCGUGAUCCCUGUGCUUGAGGCGCACACGGAUGGGAUGGACGCGGAGGAGCGGCAGGCAGCUGCAAGGGCGUUCAAUAAUACCAAGAGCGGCGUGCUGCUGCUUGGGAACACCGGUGAUGGUCAGAUGCCAGUGAAGUGCAAGGACGUCAACGUGGUGCUGCAGAUCGGCCGCGUGACGGCCAGGGUGUACCAGCAGCGGCUGGGGGCGGCCAAACCGCGGUCGGCGGGCGAGCCCGGCUGCGCUGUCGUGAUCGUCACACCUGGUGAGAAGCCAGACAUGCUGAAGAGACUGGGGGAUGUGGGCGUCGUUGACGGGUCGGACUCGCUCGCUAGCGCUUUCAGGCCGACGCCCACACUGAGCGCGGAGAUCGACGAGGCGCUGCGCGGGGUCGACUUGCAGAGAAAAACAAAGGCAUACUUCGCGCUAAUGAAUAUCAUAGGGCCGCUGCCACGGGAGUGCGUCGGGCUCGACAAGGCGCAGGUGGUGCAGAUGAUCCGCGGAUGGGCGGUGGCGAACCACGCGCUGACGUCAGAGGGCCAUCCGCCGGCAGUGCCAGCGGCCUCGGUGGCGAAGUGGGGGCUGGAGGGGGUGGGGCUGGAGGGGACGGGUGUCGCGCCCGGGUCGCUCGUUGCCGUGCCGCUGGAGCGGCAGACGCACGCGGUGGUGGCGUACCUGAAGGAGGCGGUGGAUCAGCGGCGCAGGGUUUUGGUGUUCACGGCCUUCAGCGACAGACACCUGGGAUUCUUGGGCGAGCUGUGCCGGGCGCUAGGCAUCCCUGUGCUCGAGGCGCACUCGGAUGGGAUGGACAUGGGGGAGCGGCAGGCGGCUGCAAGGGCGUUCGACGAGGCCGAGAGCGGCGUGCUGCUGCUUGGAAACACCGGCAGUCGGGUGCCGGCACUGACGUGCAAGGACGUCGACUUGGUGCUGCAGAUCGGCCGCGUCAUAACCAAGGUGUACCAGCAGCGGCUGGCGGCGGCGAAACCGCUGUCGACGGGAGAGUCCAGCAGCAGCAGCAGUGUCGUGAUCGUCACGCCUGGUGAAAAGCCAGACAUGCUGAACAGGCUGAAGACGUCGGGCGUCGUGGACGGAUCGGACACGCUUGCUGGCGCUUUGGAGCCAACGCCCGAGCUGGACGCGGAGAUCGACGAGGCGCUGCGCGGGGUCGACUUGGAGAGAAAGAAAAAGGCGUACUUUGCACUGAUGGGACUCUUGCAGCUGCCACGGGAGAGCGUCGGGCUCGACAAGAAGCAGGUCCUGGUGAUGACACAGAGAUGGGCAGUGGCGAACCAGGCGCUGAAGCCAGAGGACAGCUUGCUACCAGAAUAUGCUCCUGUCAGGGAGCCCGCGCGCGGGACGCUGGUUGCCGUGCCGCUGGAGCGCCAGACGCACGCGGUGGUGGCAUACCUGAAGGAGGCGGUGAGUCAGCGGCGCAAGGUGCUGGUGUUUACGUAUUUCACCGAUGCGCACCUGGGAUUCUUGGGCGAGCUGUGCCGGAGGCUGGGGAUCCCUGUGCUAGAGGCGCACACGGAUGGGAUGGGCACGGAUGAGCAGCAGGCGGCUGUUGAGGCGUUCAACGAGGCUGAGAGCGGCGUGCUGCUUGGGAACGCCGGUCCGGUGCCGGCGCUGACGUGCAAGGACGUCGACUUGGUGCUGCAGAUCGGCCGCGUGAAGGAGACCAAGUACCAGCAGCGACUGGCGGAACCGCUGUCGAGCGCGGAGGACUGCCAAAGUAUUGUCAUCGUGACGCCCGGCGAAAAGCCAGAUGUGCUGAAGAGACUGGAGACGUUUGACAUCUUUGACGGAUCGGACGAGCAUGGCCGGCAUCGCGUUUGCGAGCCAACGCCCGAGCUGGACGCGGAGAUCGACGAGGCGCUGCGUGGGGUCGACCUGGAGAGAAAGAAAAAGGCGUACUUUGCACUGAUGGGACUCUUGCUGCUGCCGCGGGAGAGCGUCGGGCUCGACAAGGCCUCGAACGCGAGCUAUGCAGAUGCGCCGGAAGAGGAUGAUGAGAUGAUGUGGUGUCCUGGGCCCGCGAACGGCAACGUCGUGGGCGCCAGACACGACGUUCGCGAUGCACCUGGCCCCUCACACCCCCCCAAGGCGCCCGUUGAGUGCGCGUACUGCGGCAUCGGCGACCCGCGCUGCCUCGUGCAGUGCGUCGCGACGCAGAAAUGGUUCUGCAACGGCCGCGUCGGCACCGGGCACGCCUGCAUCGUCCACCACAUGCUCCGCGGGCAGCACAAGGACGUCCGGCUGCACCGCUCCUCGCCCCUGGGCGACAGCGUCCUCGAGUGCUGCGUCACGGGCGCGCGCAACGCGUUCAACCUCGGCUUCGUGCUCGACCGGCGUACAACACGGCCCAUCGUGGUUGCGCGGUCCGUGGUUCACGCACGAGCACAGGAUCUCGUGGAGGGCGUGGGCCUGCCGCCGGGCGUGCGCGCGGACCCCGGGAGCUGGGAGCCGGCGGUCGUGGAGCGGCAGUUCGCGCGGGCGCUCGUUGCGCGGCCGUCGCACGAGCAGGUGAUGGGCGCGCGUAGGUUGACGCACGGGCAGAUGCGGGCGCUGGAGGCGGCGUGGAAGGUGGACCCGAACGCGCGCGUGGAGGACCUGCCGAAGGCGGAGGAGGAGUGCGCGCCUGCCGCGACGCUGGAGCCGGUCCCGCUGCGGUACGCCGACGCCACGAGCUACGAGACCUCCUGGAGGCGUCUCUUGGAGCUGGACUGCCGCGCGGCACACCAGCAGACCAAGGCCAAGCGCGUGUGCAACCUCACCGUCACGUGGGCGCAGACGAACGGCCGCGGCAUUGCAACCUUCGUCCUCCCGCCCGACGAUAGCAGCACGAAGCUCCACGUCGCCGACCAGCUCACGCUCACCCACGCGGCGGUGCCGGGCUGGACGGCGACGGGCUCAAUCGUGAGCGUCGACCGCCUCGGCCACGUCAAGCUCCGCAUCACGCAACAGGGGGGGUCUCCGCCGGGGACGACGCAAGGGUACAGCGCGCAGCCGACGUGGAUCGACGCGACGUACCGGCGGAUGGAAAAGGCGCUCGCGCAGUUCGUCCGCGACAAACAGUGCAUUUCGACGGUGCUACAAGACAAGCUGCUUCGAAACGACGUGUCCGAUCUUGCGCUCCCAGCGCCGCUUCCGGCCGCGAUCGCCGCGCCGGGCCUGCCGCCGCUCAACGGCCCGCAGCAGGACGCGCUCCGCGCCAUCGUCACCGCGCCGCUCGCGCUCAUCCAGGGGCCGCCCGGCACGGGCAAGACCGUCACGUCCGCGACGCUCGUGUACCAGCUGUGCCAGCUCGACGACGGCAAGCUGCUGGUGACAGCGCCGAGCAACGUCGCGGUGGACCACCUGGCGGAGCGCAUCAGCCGGACGGGCGUGCGCGUGUCGCGGAUGUGCGCGCGGUCCCGCGAGUCGGUCCUGGAGGAAAACUCCCCCAGGACGCGGCACCUGAUGACGCACGUGGUCGCGGCACAGAGCGCCUCGGUCGCCGCGGAGCGCGCGCGCACGCUGCGCGAGCUGCGGGACGGCGGGCACGCGCUGUCGAAGAAGCAGGAGCAGAAGCUGCGCAAGAGCGAGCGCGAGGCGCACAAGGAGGUCCUCGCGGACGCGCAGGUGGUGUGCUGCACGUGCGCGGGCGCGGGCGACGCCCGCCUCGACCAGAUCUGUUUCCGGCGCGUCAUCGUCGACGAGGCCACGCAGGCCACGGAGCCCGAGUGCCUCCUGCCGAUCGUCAAGGGCGCGCGCCAGCUCGUGCUCGUCGGCGACCACUGCCAGCUCGGCCCCGUGUGCCUGAGUCAGGCCGCGGCGCGCGCGGGGCUGAACGUGAGCCUGUUCGAGCGGCUGCUGUUUAUGGGCAUGCGGCCGCACCUCCUCGCGGUGCAGUACCGCAUGCACCCGGCGCUGGCGCAGUGGUCGAGCGAGGCGUUCUACGAGGGCUGUCUGCGCAACGGCGUGACCGAGGAGGAGCGCACGCGGCGGGCGGUGGCGUUUCCGUGGCCCGGGCCGCGGCUGCCGAUGAUGUUCGUGGCGUGCGCGGGCUUCGAGGAGAUGGCCGGCGCGGGCACGUCGUACGUCAACCGACACGAGGCGAAGGUCGUGGAGGAGGCCGUGAUGCAGCUGCUGGACAGCGGGGUGCAGCCGGAGGAGAUCGGCGUGAUCACGCCGUACGCGGGGCAGCGGACGCACAUCGAGAUGGUCCUCGCGCGGCCGGGGGGUGUCCGCGCGGCGUUGAUAGAGGUAGCGUCGGUGGACGCGUUCCAGGGGCGCGAGAAGGACUACAUCAUCCUGUCGUGCGUGCGGUCGAAUGCGCAACGCGGAGGGAACACGAUCGGGUUCGUGAAGGACCCGAGAAGGCUCAAUGUGGCGCUCACGCGCGCGCGGUACGGCCUGGUGGUGAUCGGGAACCCGACGGCGCUGUCGAAGAGCGCGGUGUGGUCGGGGUUCCUCACGCACAUGUCCGAGCAGGGGUGUUUUGUUGACGGGCCCCUCACGCGCGGCCGGCUGCGCGAGAGCCUGGCGCCGUUCAAGCGCCGUACGGCGCCGUACAAGUACGUGCCGGAGAACCACGCCGUGUUCCAAGACCAGCAGGAAUACCCCCCCCCGCCGCCACUCGACGGCGCUGCGGCGCCGGCCGGGCCGCCUGCGAAGGCGCAGGUCGGCGUCCAGGACCUCGCGCCCGGCGCGCUCGUCGACGUGCCGCUGGAGCGGCAGACGCACACGGUGAUGGCGUACGUCGCCACGGCGGCGCAGCAGCCGCGACACAAGGUGCUGGUGUGCAGCGCGUUCGGCGACGAGUACCUGGGCUUCCUCGGCGAGCUGUGCUGCGCGGUGGGGAUCCGCGUGCUCGAGGCGCACGCGGACGGGAUCGGCGAGGGCGAGCGGGAGGCGGCGGCGCGGGCGUUCGAUGACGCCGACAGGGGGGUGUUGCUGGUGGGGGACUCUCAGCUGCCGGGAGUGACGUGCAGGGACGUCACGCUGGUGGUGCAGGUCGGCCGUACAGGGAGUGCGCUGUACGAGCAGCGGAUGGCGCGGGCGGUGCCGCGGUCGGCGGGGGGGUGCAGCUGCGGCGUCGUGAUCGUCACGCCCGGCGAACGGGAGCGCGUGCUGAGGAGGCUGGGACGAUUCGGCGUCGUGGACGCGGCGGCCUCGGUCGAGUGCGGAUCGGACGCGAAGGUCACCUGCGCGCUGCCCGGCGUCGACUUUCAAAGAAAGACAAAUGCGUACUUCGCUAUCAUGAAGCAUUUUGCGCGGCUGCACGGGAGCUGCCUCGGGGUCGCGAAGGCGCAGGCCGCGGAGAUGCUGCAGGCCUGGGCGCGGGCGAACUACGCCUUGACGCCCGAGGGCGAGCUGCCGGCGCUGCCGGCGGAGGCUGUGGCGAGGCUGGGGCUGGGAGAGUUGCAAGGGGGGGGUGUCUCGGCGCGGGUGGCGGGCGGCGAGGUGGUGGUGGUGGCGUGA